CUCGCCUCCCUCACUUCGUCGUGCGUCCCCGUCCCGCAGCCGUGGCCGGGUCCGUGCGCAGCCGCGGAGCAACAAUGCUGCAGGGGGCUCUCGGCGGCGGCAGCGCGCAGCGGCGCGUCCAUUAGCGCGACGCGGAGCCUUUCCUGAGUCACCUCUGCGCAGGCUCACAUGAAUAUCUUAAGUUUUAGAACGUGCUCGUGGGCAUUUACAGUGAAGAACGUCCGUCUCGCUCCUCAGAACCUCGUCCACGAUGGCCCGUGACGACGGCAACAGCACCUGUCACUACCAUGAGCUCAUGGGCUUCUUCUACAACAACACCGGCAUCCAGGACAAGUGGGACGACGCUCAGCUCAUCCUGGUGCAGGUGGUGGGCUCCCUGUUCUGCUGCUUCAUUCUGCUCUCCAACUCCAUGGUCAUCGCCGCCGUGGCCACCAACAAACGCUUCCACUACCCCUUCUACUACCUUCUGGCCAACCUCGCCGCCUCCGACUUCCUGGCAGGCAUAGCCUACGUGUACCUCAUGUUCAACACGGGCGACGUGUCCAAGAAGCUGACGGUGAACGGGUACUUCUUCCGCCAAGGCAUGCUGGACGUCAGCCUGUCGGCGUCGCUGGCCAACCUGCUGGUGAUCGCCCUGGAGCGCUACAUCUCCGUCAUGAACUGGAAGGUGCACAGCAACCUGACGCGGAGGAGGGUGACCCUGCUGAUCGUGCUGGUGUGGGCCAUCUCCAUCUUCAUGGGCGCCGUGCCCAGCCUGGGCUGGAACUGCAUCUGCAACCUGGCCAUGUGCUCCCAGCUGGCGCCCAUCUUCACCCGGAGCUACCUCGCCUUCUGGUCGGGCUCCAACCUGGUCCUGUUCCUGGUCAUGGUGGGCAUCUACGUGAGGAUCUACACCUACGUGAAAAGGAAGACCAACAUGCUCAAGAUCCACACCAGCGGCUCCCUCAACCGCAAGAGGACGCCCAUCAAGCUCAUCAAGACGGUCAUGGUCGUGCUCGGAGCCUUUGUGUUCUGCUGGACCCCCGGCCUGGUGGUUCUGCUGCUGGACGGCCUUCACUGUCAGAGCUGUCAGGUGCUGAAGUCAAAGCGCUGGCUGCUCCUCCUGGCCGUUCUCAACUCCGUCAUGAACCCCUGCAUCUACUCCUACAAGGACGAGGAGAUGUGGGCCACCAUUAAGAACCUCUUGCACUGCAUCGGCAACGGCACCCGGCGGCAGAGGUCGUUGAAGGCCAACACCAGGCAGCUGAGCUCGGCUCAGGACACCGGAACCAGCCAGCCGCCCUCGGAGGAGAAAAGCGACGAUCAGACCAUACUCAAGGAAUGAAAGCGAGGGACGGCUGGAGUUGACUGGAGUUGAGUUGAGACCCCACUUUGCCCGGUGUGCGUCUUGGAUUUUAUAGGACAACCGAUGAUUUGCCUGAUGUUCUGCAUCGCUGUUGCUGGUUUAAACAUCGGAGGGUUGUCCAGAGGCCGGAAGAGUGAGUUGAGCAUGAUGUACACAGUAGUACAUUUUUACAGUAACCUCUAGGACUCACUGAGGUAUGAGUGGUUUUAUUUUUGAAGAAGUACCCAAGAAAUGUAACUUAAUAGACAUUUAAAACUUUGUUUGAGUAGGAUAGAGGAUAUCUGUAUGCAUCUUUUACAUUUUCAUUGUUUUGCAUCCUGUAAAAGCAUUUUCAGCAGCCUGUCAUCAUUCUCUAGAACGCUGUCCUUUGUGAAGCUGUUAUUGCCAGCGGCGAAGACGGAUCAAAGUUCUUGCCCUUGUCCCACCUAAACAAACACAGGCCGCCGCACGGAGUAAAACUUGUUCUUUGUGCGGCGUUUCUACACGUCUGCCUCGUCACAGUGGCUGGCUGCCGCAGGUCUGACGAAACAGCCGCUCACUUGAGAACGGACGGGGCCGUGACAAGACGUUGCAACACAGCGGAUUCCUGCUGGAGGUUUAGCCUGCGCUGCGUACCUGCAAGGAGCCCGGACGAUAUGAGUGCGCACUGUAAUUACCAACCACACAUUUCUAGUCUUUGCAAGCGACUCUGAUGACGCCUGUGCUGAAACACUGAAUCAUUAACAGGGUCAAAUAACUCGCAGAAUUCCUUAACCUGCUGUGCAGCGUUUAUCACUCCUGCCCAACAAUCACAUGCAGCCACUAAAGUUAAUCAGAGAGAAAUGAAACAAAGAGUAUAAUAUGACAAGAUGCAGAAAACGUCAAUACAGAGCACAGAGAGCUAUUUUGUUUAACAGGACAAAUACUGACGUUCUCACGUUCAGUCAGAUUAUUUGUGCUAAUGUAACAGUAGCAAAGUAGCGACUCAGACCUUUUUUUCUGUAGUGAUUAAACUGCAUGUCUUCGGUAUCUGGACAGAAACAGAUAAAAUCAUCAUCGUAAUAAUAAUAAUAAUAAUAAUAAUAAUAAUAAUAAUAAUAAUAAUAAUAAUAUGUAAACUGUUUGUGCAUGGUAGGGUUAUUGUUUCCCCUUUUCCUUAGGAGUCUUCAUUUAAGUAGAAGUUGUUCGUGACAUUUUCCUCUUUUUAAGCACAAUUCCAGUCGUGUUUAUUUUCUCCCCGCUCCCAGAUAACCUGCUUUUACAGCCUUCCUAAUUAUAUGUUAAACUGCUACGAUGCAGUGAAAGCUUACAGCUUAAACCCCUAAAGCAGCCAGUAUCCGAGCUUCAGUACAUGUCGCAUGUUGAAAACAGGAUCGGGAUCAAAAUGACAUAAAAUGUGGUUCUCAGGUUCAGGCUUGAUUGGUCAGGUCAUGUGGUUUCCAUCAGAAACACACUAUGUGGCGGUGCGGACCUGUCGUGACUGCUGCCUGCUGCUCCGGCUGUUGCAUUCUCAAAAACAUGAACUUUAAACUAUGUGGUGAGGCAGCUCCUUUUUUUUUACAGCUGUGCUGUAAUUAUGCAUUUUUUAAAGCCAAUUAAAUGUCACAGAUGUUGAUGAACGCUGUCUUUGGUUAGUUCUUAAUCUCAUGGCAAACAGACGUGGGAAGGGAAGAAAAAGAUUAAUCAGGAUGUAAGGUUAUUAAAGCAUCCCGUCGGCAUUAAAAUAAGUGUCUGAUCUACAGCACAUGACCGACUGCACACAAUUACACCUGCUCACAAUGAUGCUCGUAGUCAUUUACCUGUCAAGUGGGCGUGAAGAGUUUUAUUGCAUAUGUUGAUGCGGGGUGUGAAAGUGAAAGGGCACAAUUUUAUGUGCCCACAUUAAAAACUUUCCUGUUUCACCUGCCUGGGAUUAAUUGCUGCAUGAUUUAGUCAACAAAGAUCUUCAAACAAUCCAGCUGAUUGUAUCUGUAGUGGUACAAGCUUUUUAAUUUGUCUGUUCGUGUUAUUCUACUGUUGCAGCCAAUGUUGUUUUUAGCACUUAGUGAGAGAAUUGACUUCACCUUAAGUAAGGAGACAACAUUUCACCCGUGUCCGGGAUAAUUACCCCGGAUAAUUAAACUUCAGAGGUGGAGUAGAACAAAUUAGCUGCUCGUGAUAUCAAACAAUGCAUAUGCAAACACACCACACAGAUGGUGUGUUUGCAUAUGUUCUUGAAUGUGUGUGCUGACAGGUCUAGAAUGGCCUGGGACAGAGGUUCAGUGUCUCACACACGGUGACAGUCUCAGUACUGUAUGUCGCGAGGAACAAGACUUUCCAGUCUAGGUGAGGGUUCGACAUAAAUACCAAGAAUUGUUCAGGUCGUCCAUCACCAGAGUAACCGCUGUGACGUUCGCUGAUUUUAUCAUUAUCUGCUUGCCCGAACUUCAAAAUCCCAGAAAUCCCAAAAAGCUGAAUGUAGGAUUAACCUGCUGUUAGACACAGAGUGUGGGUUUUGGGUUGACUCCACAUUGUAAAUAAAACGAUGAGUUGUUGUGUUAAUAGGUUAAUUUAUCUAACCGCACGACUUUGUUUGCAGAUGUGCAUCAAAAGCAGAGAGCGGCUUGUCAAACUGGAAUCAUAGCUGCCAUACUCCACUACACCACACUCAUACCUACAGUAGUAUCUUAAGCACUUAUAAUGUUGUUUGAUGAGUUUCCACUUCCUGUUGUGUUAUCUGUCAAUAAAGAACGUGGAGUAAUUUAUUUAGUAGGACAUUACUCAUAAUUUUUCAGUCAGAUUCAGAUACAACAUUUUUAUAAUUGUAAUUUUUUUGUCUCCCAAAGCAACAAAACAGUGUGUAGGGAUGUAACCUAAUGUUUUUUCAGUGCUUGUGAAGCUAAAUUAAAUCUUCCUUUUGUUUA